AUGGCGGCGAGGUCGACACCUGGCGCUGACAGCUAUGUCGCGGCCGUGGUGGAGUACGAAGUGAAUGACAAUGUCACGUACAACGUUCAAAACUAUGUGAGGCUAAUAGAAGAGGCUGCGAAUCAAAAAGCAGAUAUAAUCGUGUUCCCUGAGAUGACCAUAAUGCGUAAUCAGUGCACAGUAUUGAUUCCUUUUCACGGCGUCGUCAAACAGUUCCCUGUGCCUGCAACUCGCCCCGAUUUGUACGAUGAGAUCCUAGUGAGUAUAUCAAAGGCAGCCCUCGAUCACCAAAUCUACGUGGUGGUAAAUGUCCAAGAGCUGAUGGACUGCAAUGACGCGCCCGAAGAAUAUUGCCCGGAGCGCAAACAAUACGUGUUCAACACGAAUGUCAUUUUUGACAGGACUGGUGCCGUAAUAGACAGAUACCGCAAAAUUAACUUGUUCGGCGAGUUUACGCGCACGCCGGCUUUGAAGCCCGACCUGGGGGUGUUCAGCACCGAUUUCGGCGUCACCUUCGGCCACUUCAUCUGCUUCGACCUCAUGUUCCAGGUGCCUGCUUUACAAGUAGUGGAGAAGCACAACCUCACAGACAUCGCGUAUUCCACUAUGUGGUUAUCUGAGAUGCCAUAUCUUACUGGGUCUGGCAUUUAUUCCGGGAAAGCUGGUAGUCUAAUCAGCGUGAUGCCAGGCGUGCCCACCACGCGUCUGUUAGUGUCUAAAGUUCCAAAAGCACCUGGAAAGGUGAACGAACCCUAUCCAGGUCCGAUCAGAGAUGAUCCAAAAUCCCUGGAUAACUUGGUGCUGAUCAGCGAUCCCUCGCUACCUUCCCACGUCAGUCGCCCUCUUGUGCAGGGCUCCCAGGAAUUCGUACUCACGAACAACGAAGUCUCUUGCAAGUUCAGAGUCAAGCUGCGAUCUAGAACUGGGGAACAGUAUUACAGGUACAGGGCGGGGGCAUUCGAUGGGGAGCGAAAUUCCAGACGCAAGACCAUUGGCAGCAUCAGGCUCUGCUCCGUGUUCGCCUGUACAGGAGACACCGUCGACACAUGCGGCAGAAGAUUUCUCGAAUACGAAGCUAACGCGACCGUUGUGUUCGAACAGAUAAGUAUUGAAGCAGUGGUGCCAACAUCUAAGAUUUAUGCGACCCUAGACGCCUCUGACUCCAUAUUCUACCCGCUGUCGUUGGAUGUGUCUAUCAUGCCGUUGAAAUCGCAUCAAUAUACGUUCGAGGGCGUCCCAAACGGAGGCACGACGACGUACUCUUUGACACUGAACGGCGAAGUCGAGAACCUAUACUCCUUUCGCAGUGAGGGG